GUUCUGCGCUAGAUCUCUCUCUUUUGCUCCGUGUUCGACGCGGCUCUCGUGAAGGAACGCGCGCGCGACCCGUGACCCGGAGCGGGUGAGAGCCGCACUGUCGGAGACUCCUCCGUUCGUUUGCUCGCGCCCGCGCCCUCUUUGUCCACCUGGACCGUGCCGUACUUCAUUGUACUGUACUGUACUGUACUGUACCGCGCUCUAUCUCGACUGUUUAUCGCCGUUACCGCUUGACGAACAUGUGGCUCGUACUGAAUAAGGAAAACAGUGAGUUUACGCCGGUUACGGAACCGAAACGAGCGACUCGUUUAUACCAAUAAUGAAUAGAACCCAGGCAGGAAGUUGUCGUUUCCUCUGACCUGCAUCUCGAUGGUUUCACGACCAGUCUGUGAAGAACCUUCGAGGCUCUGAGGAACAUUUUUUUGCUGUCGACCAGGUGAAGACCACAGAUACAGACUAAAAAGCCUCAAGUAGCUUUUGCAGUGAGAACAUACUGAUACGUAAGUUUCAGAGGAGGCAGUGCUACUUUGUUUGUGAUCGAGAUGCUGGAGAGCACAGUGAACUACCUGUGGUCUGUGGACGACGUCCUCGGGCAGGGUGCAACAGCCAGUGUCUACAAGGCUAGGAGCAAGAAAACAGGAGAACUGGUGGCAGUAAAGGUGUUCAACAAGUUGAGCUACAGUAGGCCCUACGAGGUGCAGAUGAGGGAGUUUGACAUGCUGCGGAAACUCAACCACGUCAACAUUGUAAAGCUUUUCGCUGUGGAGGAGAUGCAUUUGACCUCUAAGAAGGUUCUGGUAAUGGAGUUCUGCUCUGGGGGAAGCCUGCUGAGCCAACUGGAGGAGCCAGAGAACGCCUUUGGACUGCCUGAGUCGGAGUUCCUCAUCGUGCUGCAGUGUGUGGUGCAUGGCAUGAACCACUUGCGCGAGAAUGGCGUGGUCCACCGUGACAUCAAACCAGGAAACAUCAUGCGCGUGGUGGGAGAGGAUGGCCGAUCCAUCUACAAGCUGACUGACUUUGGCGCUGCCCGCGAGCUUGAGGAUGAUGAGAAGUUCGUCUCCAUCUAUGGGACUGAGGAAUAUCUGCAUCCUGACAUGUACGAGCGUGCUGUGCUCAAGAAGCCCCAGCAGAAGUCUUAUGGUGUAACGGUGGACCUCUGGAGCAUUGGUGUGACCUUCUACCAUGCAGCCACUGGCAGCCUGCCGUUUGUGCCCUUUGGAGGUCCACGUAGGAACAAGCGAAUCAUGUACAAGAUUACUACUGAGAAGCCAGUUGGAGCCAUUGCUGGGGUCCAGAGUGUGGAGGAUGGUCCCAUUGAGUGGAGCUACCAGUUGCCAUCACACUGCCAGCUUUCAGAGGGCCUGAAAACCCAGCUGGUCCCAGUGCUUGCCAGCAUCCUGGAAGCCAACCAGGACAAAUGCUGGGGCUUUGACCAAUUCUUUGCUGAGACCACUGGAAUCCUCCAUCGUGUGGCCAUCCACAUCUUCUCUCUGCAACAGGCCACCGUACACCGUAUCUACAUCCAUUUCUACAACACGGCCUCCAUCUUCUUUGAUGAGGUUGAGAAGCAGACUCAGGUCAGCACCGAGUGCCAGCAGUACUUUUUUCAGGGACACAGUCUCAUUCUGGAGCCCUCCAUGAAGGUGGUCAGCUUCCCCCCCACCACACCUGACCGUCCCAUCUUCUUAAUAAGCCGUUGCCCAGAAAAGACUGUGGGGCUGCUCUACAAGGAACCCGAAAGCCCAACCAUGCCCACCCGAUUUGACAUUCUGGCCGACUUCAGCUUCUCGAAGGCUGUACUAGGAGUGAUUCACCAGUACCUGAGGAUAGCCUGUUCCUUACAGCAGUGUCAGGAGCUCAUUCUUCAGGGUUUCUAUUGUUACAUUGAGAAUGUUCGACUGGAGUGCACUACUGUUGUACACAAGAGCAACAUUUUGAACAUGAAGCUCAUUUCCUGUCUACAUAUGGAGGACAAACUAAGCCUGUUGAGCCAGUCUCCUAUUGAGAUCCCAGACCUCGUGGACAGCAGACAGAAGCUGAAACUGACACAAGAGGACCUCUCCAUAUACAUCACCAGCAUCCGGAAGUUUCAGACCAAGCUAGACCACCUCUAUGUGGAGCUGUCCAAGCACAUGGAAAUAUUGACAGAGGACAAAAGCACACAGAAGAUGGAGGUCCUGUCGGACAAGAUCACCAUAGUUCAUCGCCAGUACAGGAAGGACAAAGCUUCAGGCAAACUGAACUACAAUGAUGAACAGAUUCACAAGUUUGAGAAGAUAAAUUUGUCUAACAAUAUCAAGAAGGUCAAGUCUCUCUUCCGAGACACCUGUUUGCAGAAAUACCAUGAAUGUUUGUCUGUGGCUGCAAACUGGACAAGUGAACUGCACGAGAUCCAGACACAUCUGAAAGAGUUCACUGUCUAUUUCAUUGAGUUAUUGAGGGACCUGCAAACAUGUGAAGAACAUCACAGCAAGGUUUUGGAGAGAGUCCUGCUCAGCCUCCAGCAGGUACCACUAAUGCCACAACCCACAGAUAACCCAGUUGACAACGACCACAUGGUCCUAAGGCUGAACCAGUUGAAGGACGAAAUGGAAUUAGUUGCACGUGAGCUACAGCAUAACAACAGCCUUAUUGAGAGCUUGGGAGCAAUGACCAUGAGUCCAGGAGUAUGAACAGCCACUGAUUAAGGGCUAUAAGGUACAUAUGUAAAUAAGUACUGAAAACAACAUCCAGGAUGUUCCGAAACGGUCCCCUUCUAAGACAGGUGCUUGGUCAAUGGAUGAUGUGCAAGCCACCGCUGUUUCGUUUAUGUAAAUGUAUUUAUUUUGUAAAUCCAGGUCUUAUCUUUUCAUUGUCCUUCUCUCUGCUUUCUUCCUACCCAAACUACUGACCUCGCAGCUCAGUGUUCAUGCAGUGUCAGCAGCUUUUGUGUGGGACAUUACUUGGAGCAGUCCAGGGUGAUAAACAUUGAUCCAAUUCACCCACACGGUGGCCUAAUUAUUGCUCUGCCGCAUAUCUUGCAGUUCCUGCUGAGGUGUUUAAGCUGCCACUUCUGGGAUUGAUUUUAAUUUGAACAUUAACUACACUCUCGCCAUAGAACUGCAGUAACUCUCUAUCUUGAGAACAGUUUGUUCAGAGGGUUAGGGUUGUACCAGACAAAGUAGAGGACAUCUGGAGAAGCCUUGAUCCACAGUGGCAGCCUCUAUCAGAAUGAGGAAACUGUCCAGCCAUGUGUCUCUUUGCCACCCGCCAUGAAGUUCAAUCAGAAACGUGUCAGGCUUGUGUCACUUGGAUUGUAUCAUCCUGGUCUGCCAGUGCUUUUUGCUUGUGCCUUUCAGAUGGAGAGUUGGUCACAUUGCUGGGGCUAAAUAUUGGACAUUCUAGAAUGUGAGGAAAAACCCACAGUCUGUUUUAAAAUUGUUCAAUUUGCAUGUACGUUACAAGUACAUUUUAUAAUUUAGAAGGCACUUUUCUCCAAAGUGAUGUACAUCUCAGGAUAAACAAAUUGUCAUUGAGUAAUACGUCAUCUAGGAGAAUGUGAAUCUGUAAACUUGGCACUUUAUUUUUCUCUGUGAAUUAAAUUAUUUAA